AUGGCGGCGUUAUUAGGGAAAAGGUUUUUUGCUGCUGUUAUUCUCAUAAUUUCAGUCAUUUUGGGUGAAUUGUAUGUGCUGACACUACGUUGGGAAACUAAAGCGAUUAUUUUUAGGGCACAUUAUGUACUUUUGAUUGAAACGGUUCUUCUAAUAUUGUCUAGUUUUGUCUGGAGAAACUUUCGAACUUUAUUCAAAUCGAAUGUCUGCGCACAUGACCAGUCACAUGUCGCAGAGAGUCAGAUUCAUGAUCAUGCUGACUUUAUUGAUAAUAAACAUUUAAAACAUAACUCCCACAGACAUUCAGAUGUUAAGAUAGUUGAUAACAGAGCCAGUGGAAUUAAUGGAACUGUUUUACAUAAAGACUGGCAUGUUUGGAAAAAAGUUCUUUUUUGUUACUUGUUUUUAUGUCACAUUAGUUAUUUCACAAAUCUUCUGUUUAUUGGAAAAGAUCCAUAUUUAAUGGUAAUGAUAUGCUAUGGUGCUCUUGGGUCACUGUUCCAACUUGUAACAGGAAUGUGUUUCAUUAAAUUAGUAGGAUUUUUAAAUAAAUAUAUUUUAAAAAGACAUUUUUGUCUUUCUACAAAGUACAAAUUAACAUUAGCUGUCGUGUAUUCAUUAUUGGCCUCGAGCUAUGGCCUGUACAAUGCAACUUUACCACCCACCAUUAAGACUGUGCCCAUUUCAGUGAAAGGAUUGCCAGAGAAUUUGGAAGGAUUAACAAUUGUCCAGUUGUCUGAUAUACAUCUUGGACCAACUGUUGGUCGACACAAGAUGCAGCAAAUUGUUGACCUUGUCAACCAAUUAAAUGCAGAUAUUUUGGUGUUGACUGGUGAUCUUGUGGAUGGAAGUGUGGCCCGACUAAAGCAAGCAGCAGAACCAUUAAUAAAUAUACAGGCGAAGCAUGGGAAAUACUUUAUUUCUGGAAAUCAUGAAUACUACACUGGUGAUGUGGAUAACUGGUUUGAUUACCUGAGGACACUUGGUUUCACUGUACUACACAACUCCAACGUUAAACUGCCCAGUAACAUCGAUGCCCGGCAACAGAUUUGUCUUGCAGGCACUGACGACUUGCAAGCAGAAAAAAUUGGGUACGGCAAUCAUGGAAUGCAUUUGGAAAAAGCAUUAGGAACAUGUCUUCCCAAUCAGCCAGCCAUUUUACUUGCCCAUCAGCCCAAGGCUGCCAAAAUUGCUUUGGACUCAAAAUACAGAGUUGACCUGGUUAUUUCAGGUCAUACACAUGGGGGACAGAUGUUUCCUUUUAUGAUUCCUGCAUAUCUGAUCAACCCAUUCUACGCAGGACUUUACAAGUAUGGUAAAGACAGCCAUGUUUAUGUUUCCAUGGGAACACAGUAUUGGGGAAUUCCAAUGAGGAUUCUUACUACAAUGGAAAUCACACAGCUUAUCAUGACCAGGAAAAUACUCAAGUAAAUCUUGCAUCAAAUAAUGUGUGUGCCAAAGUUUGAUUUAUUAAUUUAUUUAUUUUGUUUUGACUUAUUUAUGUGUCGGUUAUUGUUAUGAAGUACCUGAUAACCCGACUUCAAAUAUUAAAAUUAUGUUGGUGUUACAUAUUUACAUUUUUUAUCAUGUUAUAUAAGUAUGUAAACAAUUUUAAUAUUUAAAAAUGUAUUUAUGCUGUAUACACACUAUAUAAUAAAAUAAAUAUGCUAAAUAUCGGCAUAGGUUGACCAUUAAAUUUCUUUUAACUAAAUAUAUAAAACAAUUUUUUUAUAUUUGACACUACUUGUAGAGUACCUCAAUAUAUUAAGCAGACCUAAUUUGUUCAAAUAUUAGCUGCUAAUGCAUGUCCAUAUGGAUCAUAGGAUUUACAACUGUCAUUUAUGGGCCUGAAAAGUCAUGGAAUUUUAAGUUGGGUCAUAAAAAAAUUAAAAUUGGUUGAUGCUUUUUUUUUGCUUUUUUUGGUCUGCACCAUUUAAAAUAACAAGGAAAGAUUGGCACAUUUUUAUCAGAACAUUGCAGUAUUAUUAGACUAUGUUUAGGAUCGCAGAUAAAUCCUUAUAAAUCCUCUGAUCCCACUGGAUUGGCAAUUAUUUAAAAUUUAUAUUCACACAUUAGUACAAGUUAAUUAUGUUUGGUCCGGAAGGUUUUGAUUUGGGCUAGCAGAAUUUGUAGCUUGCCGGACCAAGUAGCUGCCACGAAUUUCAGUAAAUUUCGACCCCCGAGUAUGAAGUCUGUAAGGACCACACUUAAAAAAGUAACUCCCAAGUAUACUGCAUACAGUGUUGCCAGUCUUUAAGAAACCAUCAAAAUAAAAUCUUUUUUAAUUAAUCAUAAAAUGACAGGACAAGAGGCUGUAAUCAGAUUUGAUGUGAAUUUUCAUAGGAUACAUUUGUAAGAGACAUAAUGUAUUAUUUAGCAUAACAUAACACGUUUGUUUAUGAAAUCACAGAAAAUAUUUUUGCCUUGACCUAAAAGGAAAGAUGUUCCCCCCAUUUUUUUUUAUAACAAUGGCAGAAGCAUAAUUGAAACAUAUGUAUUAGAUAUAAAAAUUUGCCAAUCAGUUCCCUUUAGUGAAGAAAAUAGAAUUUGAAAUUAAUAAAGUUUAUUGAAAUAUAUAGGGACUUGCACCAAUGACUUAGUUAUAAUAGUGUUUGGUUACAGAUUAUCUUAAAACGGGUUCAUAUACACAUUUUAUGUACUGAAACUGACAACUAGUCACAUUUGUUACAGGCUUUUGUGUGUGUUUUUUCACUUUCUACAUUGUUGUUAUAUAUAAAGGAACACAUUUCACUUUUAUGUAGGGUCACAUUCCACCGUGUAUAUUUAAUAAUAUAUUCCGUUGUAUUAUAUAUAGAAUUAAGAUCAAGCAGUCUGUGAUGUAAAUGAAAUAUUUGAUGUCAUUGUGUAUUUCAAUAGUAAUGCUACUAUCCAAAUAAUUCACGAUAACAUGAAAUGAAGGAAUAUCUUUUUAGCUUUAACCUUUCAGGGGUCAAACUUAAUGAUGGCACUGACACCUAUUGCCGUCUUGAAAUAUAAAUUGCCAUAGGUCGGGAGUAUCACCGACGGCACUUUCGUGUCACUGGAUAAAAAUUACUGCCGUCAGUAACAGCAUAUUGUAUAUACCUGGUGUUAAUUUUCUGCUGGUAUUUAACAUUUGUUAUUUAAUGUCUACAUACAGCAAAAUAACUUAUCAGGCCAAUGGAUUUCAAAUUUCAUGGGAAACACUUUUUUGAUUCUGUACCUUGUGAUCAUGGGAACCCAUCUGAAGCUGUAAAAAAUAAUUAUGUUUAUAUUAUUUUUGUUUGAUAUAACAAUUAUGGAAACAAAAUUUCGGUUCCACAAUUUUACUGACACAGUACCAGAAACGAUUGUUUCCGUGAAAUCCUAAGGCCUGCUGAAUUUAUGAUUUAACAGCAGAGGUGUUUUAAGUAUUGUAAAUAAUGUAAUUAAACAUAUGUGUGAUAAAAACAGGCUUAGUAAGUUUGGUUCCAUCUUUAAACAGAUUUAAUCGGGUGAUUUAUUACAUGAAGACUGUGAUUGUUUUAUUAUUGUGUCACUCUUGUUAUAGGCAGGGUUUCUGCCAGAGGGUAAAACGGGUAUGCGCCAUACCCAAAUGUUUUGGCAGAUUUUAUUUGCUCUUAUCAUUACUGUAUGAUUUUCUUGACCCUAGCCCUGAACUUAACCCAUUUUCUCUCUGGGAGAGGCCCCUAUAUCCCAUUGACUGUGGUUGCAUUCAGUUCCAUAGAGGCAUACAGGGAACAUUUUGUUUUAAAAAAUUUGAUUAGCGACAGUCGCGAAUCAAUUUUAAAAUUGAUUAGCAAUCACUUAUUUUGAUUAGCGAUUUCUGUAACAUUAGUAUGGUAUAUUAAAUAUGAACAAAAUAGUUUUUGCAACCUUUAUAUCAACUUUUAGUGACAUUUCUAGUUCAGAACCCCAAAGAACAGAAUUAAAUUUAGAGUCAUUCAGUAAACUCAGUGUUGGAGGGUGACUCGCAAGCAAUGUUUGGUCUCUUCGAUGCAACAGUGUCCACAGAGUGGGGAUGCUUCCCAUAUGGUUUGACAUUUGGAUGGCGACGUGAAGAGAAGAACAGAUCUGUCGUCGCUUUUGGGUUGAAGCUAUCCAAUCCAGGGCCUUCCAACGAUAUCCGCAUCAAUCGCUCCAGCAUUUUCUCUUGUAGACGAUUUCUGUGAUCCGUCUUGACUCCGACCCAUUGUAGAAAAGCCUCUUUCGACAACUGCAUUAGAGACUGAAAGAAAUGAUCCCAUCUUAGAACUCGGAUUUAUUUUAAAUAUGACACUGGUUUUUGUUGUCAGUGUAAACAUUGUAAUCUCAUCAAAUUGUCUUGU